UUUAGCUUGAACUUGGAAAGUGACAAAAGUGUUUGGAGAGAAGACGGAAGUAACAAAGUAGCGGUUUGUUGACUACUAUAGUAGUGGGAGUGUAUUUAAUUAAUCCCAUUAUGUCAUUUUGUGUUUUUUUUUUUAACGACACCAAACCUUGUCACUUAUUUAUUUAUUUUAAUCUGACCUAGAUUUGUUUCGUCCCUCGGUUUGUGAGCUAACGGCCAGUCCUUGGAGAUAAUUUGGCCGGGUCUAAUCCGACCGUGUGCGUGUUAAUCCUUUCACACCCUGCUCCUCCUGCACAGGACUUGGAAGGAGUCCAACAGGAGGAGUGUCCAUAAUCCUGUCGGCCAUGAAGUUAAAUACAUUGAGGUUCCGGGUAAAUGAGUUAACACAACAUUGAAGCUACGCUCGGGAUUCUGAAGCGUCACAACAGAGAGAGAGAGAGAGAAAAAAAAACUGCAACUUUGAACUUCCCGUGGAAGUAUGCGGGGUAAACCCAGCCGGGAACACGAAGUAGCGGAUUUCAAAGAUCUUGCUGGGCUGAGCAACUCCACCAGAGUCCAGCCGGUUUGAAGGAGUGGGGGGGCAUGAAACCCCGACCAAACUUUGCUCGUUCUCGCCAAGAAGCGACACCAUGGCGGCGUGCGGACGAAGGAGUCGAGCAAAGUUGCUUUUUUGCCUCGUCGGCGUCACGCUGCUGGGGUAUCUGCUGUUUUUCAGACACCCUUCCGGGGAAGUCGCCGCUGCGAACCGACGCGACGUCCCCGCGGACGGAGGGCUGGAGGACGAGCGGCUGAGGAGGCCCGUGUACGAGAAGCCCCCGCUGGACCCGAACGCCCCGGGUGAGAUGGGGAGAGCUGUGAAACUGAACCUGAACAAAGAGGAGAGGAUGAAGGAGGAGGAGAGCAUCCAGAAGCACCAGAUUAACACCUACGUGAGUGACAGGAUCUCCCUCCACCGCCGGCUGCCGGAGAGAUGGAACCCGCUUUGCAGUCACCUGAAGUACGACUACAAGUCUCUGCCGACAACCUCUGUGGUGAUUGCCUUCUACAACGAGGCCUGGUCUACGCUGCUGAGGACCGUCCACAGCGUGCUGGAGACGUCCCCUGACAUCCUGCUCAGGGAGCUGGUGCUGGUGGACGACUACAGUGACAGAGAUCACCUGAAGGAGCCGCUGGAGAAGUACCUCUCAGGGUUGAGGAAGGUGCGUUUGAUCCGAGCCACAAAGAGGGAGGGGCUGGUCCGGGCCCGGCUGCUCGGGGCCUCCAUCGCCACGGGCGAUGUGCUGACGUUCCUGGACUGCCACUGUGAGUGCCACGAGGGCUGGCUCGAGCCUCUGCUCAAGAGGAUCAAAGAGGAGCCGACCGCCGUGGUGUGCCCCAUCAUUGAUGUGAUCGACUGGAACACCUUUCAGUACUUGGGCAACGCCGGCGAACCUCAGAUCGGUGGCUUUGACUGGCGGCUGGUCUUUACCUGGCACUCGGUCCCAGAGUAUGAACAGAAACGCCGUCACUCGCCCACCGAUGUCAUCAGAUCUCCUACUAUGGCAGGUGGUUUGUUUUCUGUGAGCAAGAGCUACUUCCAUUACCUGGGGACGUAUGACACGGGGAUGGAGGUGUGGGGAGGAGAAAACCUGGAGUUUUCAUUCAGAAUUUGGCAAUGCGGGGGCAGCCUGGAGAUCCACCCGUGCUCCCACGUGGGUCACGUGUUCCCCAAAAGUGCCCCUUACUCUCGCAGCAAAGCGCUGGCGAACAGCGUGAGGGCGGCCGAGGUGUGGAUGGACGAGUACAAGGAUCUCUACUACCACCGCAACCCCCAUGCGCGACGGGAGGCCUUUGGAGAUGUGACUGAGAGGAGGAAGCUGAGGGAGAAGCUGGGCUGCAAAAGCUUCAAGUGGUAUCUGGAAAACGUGUACCCCGACAUCCCCGUCCCACGUGAUCGGCCAGGCAUGUUUGGAAUGCUGAAGAGUCGGGGAAAGGCCAACCACUGUUUCGACUAUAACCCUGGUGAUGAGCAGGCGAUAGAAGGCCACAGAGUCAUCCUCUACCCGUGUCACGGCAUGGGCCAGAACCAGUUUUUUGAAUAUUCGGUGGACGGGGAAAUCUGCUAUAACACACGAGAACCUGCUGGAUGCGUGGUGGGCGACAACAUCAGCACCUACCUGACUGUCCAGCGCUGCAAGAAGCAAGGACAAGCUGUCCCCUUGGACCAGAAAUUUGUCCUCCGAAAGGACGGGAGUCUGUUCCACGUCUCCAGCCAGAAGUGUGUUGAAGCGGUGGACCAGACCGACAACGGGACACCGGCCCCGGCGCUGCAGCCCUGCUCUGACAAACCUCGACAGAAGUGGUUUUUCGAGGAGAAGCUGUAAACUCUUAACAUAAGUGGAAAAUCUCCCCGGCUGACCCCUCGGCAACAGUUAGCGUUGCCGCGUCCCGAAGCGCUGUGCGCACAAACAGAUGACGGGACUUGUGAUUAUUCGUCAGAGGGAAAACUUGGUCAAGGAAGAGGCGAUCAUCAGAACCACAUAUGGAGGCAUUCAGUUUUUUUUUUUUUUUUUAUUUCACUGCUGUUGCUGCUGGAAGAAAGAGGCUGUUUUAGCUCCUUUUGCCUUUAUGCAAACAGGGCUAAGGACACAGAAACGUGCAUCAGUCUGACAGAAAGCAUGUGUUCAGAGAUCUUGUGAUGACCAAGUGGCUGAUGGAGAUUUUCAGAGAACUGCAUCGUUUUUUUUUUUUUUUUUGUCCUUUCUUGGUGUUUGAACUUCUUCCUGUAGAGGGGGCUAACACUCCUUUCUGUGUUUGAUCCUUUCUGUCAGCGUCUCCUUUCUCCAUCAUGUGACAGUGGGGGCGACAAAAAAUAUUCAGGUGUUUUAAUACAGACCUUUUUAAAUAGUUUGACUGCUUGAUGCUUUAUUAUGGCGGGGAACUUACAAAGAUCCAUGUUUGCUGGCUUCACAUUGCAUUACUACUGAUAACAUGGGAAACAACACGCUUACUCUGCUUUAAAUCAAUUGACUUCCUAUUUUGGCUUGUGGUGAAACGACAUUGGUCACUUGGGGACGGUUCCAUUCAGAAGUUUCCAAUCAGUCACAUUGAAUGUCAUGUCCAUUUGAGGCUUUUAAUCAUUUGUUUGAACUGUUCUGUCAUCAAAGCUGCAAUUCCACAGGUUUUAAAAAAUCUGAAUUAGGCUUUGGAUGUAUGGUUAGUUUUUUCUGAUUACACACAAUCUCAAAUUUACACAUACAGCUCUGUUAGUAUUUGGCUAAUUGUCCCAUUCAGAAAGUUGCAGACAAUUGUACUUUUUAUUGCAAGCCUCUGGCAUGACGCUGGCUUGUAUUGGACCAUUCCUUUCAUCGGAAAUCUUGGAGCUCGUUUAAAUUGGCCGGUCUCCUGGCAUGAACCCGGCUUUUGAUCACAGUCCAUAAAUCUUCAAUAACGUUGAGGGUUGAAGAAGCCUAACAGCCACGUGUUUUAUCCCUUCUCAAACCAGUCGUGAUGUCUGCUAAGGAUCUUUGCCCUGUUGAAAUUCCUCACUCAGGGUUUAAACCAUAUUUCUGAGGUUUAGGGCAAAGAUGAAGAAUUUUGGAAGUGGUUCUCCAUCUUCUUCUUGCACUCGCUUUGUGCGUUACCAGUACGAUGGGCAUUGUAGUGAGCUGCCACCUCCAUACUUCACAUUUGUCACAGUGUAAUUAGGUUUGAUCUUUCAUUGACUCCUUCCAGAUCUGCGUCUCGUUCUAAUGGUCCAACAGCUCAAUAUUUACCGUUUGAACAGAAAACAUUCCCCCAGGACUCCUUUAGCUUGUCCAUGGUGGGCUGCUGCAAAUUUCAGUCAAGCUGGAAGCUGCUGAUUCUGGCAGCUUUCAUCUUAGGAUGGUUGAAAGCUCUAGACUCCUAGAUUGCUUCUGGAUGCACUAACCGUUUUCAAGCUGUUCGAGUAGAAUAUGGAUCCCAAACAACUGUUUGUGGCAAAGUUGAAACGGGUGAACAUCAGGCUUUUGGCAAGUCCUCCCUAAGGCUUCCCCUCAAUCUUGUUUAAAAAGUGUAUAAACUAUGAUUAAAAGCCGGCUCUGUGCAAGAGAACCAAACGAUUCAAAUGAUCGGCACCAAGGAAAUGGCCAAACGCUCAGCUGCAAUUGUUGUUGCUGUCACAUUUUUAUCGAGCGCAACAAAAAGUCUGUAGUCUGUAGAUCUUUUUGACACUACAGGCCAACAAUUUGGAAGCAAGGCCAAAAACAUUAUUUUUACGCAAGUUUUGGCUUAUGAGAAUACACGCUGAAAUGAGAAAGUAUUUGAACGCUUGGUAUUCUUCAAAGCAGCCUCCUCUGGUUUGAAGAAGCGCUUUAUUACAAUAAACAGCAUGUUUUUUUUUUUUACUUUUACGCCAACGCUGUGACUCUUGCACAUGUCGUCGACCCUAAAACUGAAUCCUCCUCAUCUUGUGUUGACGUUUUCUUCAGACCCGGUCUGGCACGGCGCUGAAGGCAAGCGAAUAUAUCCCUGCCGAAAAUCCGUAGAAUACCUUCUGGUUUUUACGAAGGCCGUUCUGACCAGAAACUUCACUGUCGGACUGUGACGCAUGCGUGAUUCCGAGUGGAUGUUU